UGCAUCGCUUUGUUUUGGACAAGCAAGUAUCAUCCAUCUCUUCUUUCCAGUGUGCUAUUUACACAGUAAUGAAUAAUAGUGCACUGCCCAGGUCAGCAGGAUUGGAUGUAUCUCAUUAUCCAACUUCUACUCAAAAAUCAAAGAUGACAAAUUUUUUGCAGUGGCGUGGAGAUGCUUUUCAGAUUAUUAUCAUUGCUGCCAUAUUCCUCAUCCUAAUCUACCUGUGGUCUAAAUUUUCAAAACGUUAUCGGUUUGUCUUACGAAAGAAAAUAGACUUGCCAGUGUUUGACGUCACUAGAGGUCACCGGUGGGUAAUGUUAGAAGCAUUUACGCGAACAACAUAUUGUACAGUGUGCGAAAGCAGCAUCAUGCAUGGUGGGUAUUGCGAUUCGUGCGGGAUUUGUGCAGAUGACACGUGUGUACAGGUUGCAAAUCGAGUCUUUCCAUGUAAAUUGCAUCCAUGCUUACCAAACAGGAGUAAACAGUACGGGAUUCAACACAGAGGAAACAAUGCAAUGUUUAAGCAUCAGUGGGUGCGUGGAAAUUUACCAAUUAGCAGUUAUUGCGAAGUAUGUAAGAAACUUUGUGGAAAUGAACCACGACUCUGUGGUCUUCGUUGCACUUGGUGUCAGCGAACGACACAUGAUGAAUGCGAAAAGAUUAAGUAUGAAAGUUGCGAUUUUGGAAAAUAUUGUAACAUAGUAAUACCUCCGAAUUGUUUACAUUUGGAUUUAGUCGGGUGGAGAGGAAGACGACAUUGGAGCGCUAGCGAGAUUGUUAACCCACCUUUAUAUCGGGAGUGGAGCCCCUUGGUUGUGUUAGCCAACAGAAAAAGUGGAAAUCAAGAGGGUGAACUUAUCUUACGAACAUUCAGGUCUCUUCUCAAUCCAGUACAGGUGAUUGAUUUAAGUGAACUUCCACCAGAGAGGGCGCUUCAGAUUUGUCAUUUGUUGCCUGAGAGAACAUUUCGUAUUCUUGUGUGCGGUGGAGAUGGCACCGUAGGCUGGGUUCUCAAUGCUAUUGAUAAAUUACAAAUACAGACAAGACCAAAGGUGUCCAUCUUACCCCUUGGCACUGGGAACGAUCUGGCCCGUGUGCUUGGUUGGGGGAAGGGUUAUGAUGGGGAGAACAUUGUACAGUGGCUUAAUGACAUAGAGAAGGCAACAGUAUCGUAUCUGGACAGAUGGACUACGACAAUACGCUACCAACCAAAGUUCAAGAUAAGACGUCCAAAUAAGGUUGUUACCAUGAAUAAUUACUUCUCUGUUGGCUGUGAUGCGCUUCUUGCUUUGAAUUUUCAUCGUCAGCGUGAGAGUAAGCCUCAUUGGUUUACAAAUCGCGUCAUUAACAAGGCCUGGUAUUUGGUCUUUGGUGCUAAGGAUGUUUUAGAACAAGGCUGCAAAAACCUCCAGAGGAAGAUUGAGUUGGAAUUGGAUGGACAGAAGGUCGAUCUACCUGACCUAGAGGGCAUUGUGGUGUUGAACAUCAGCAGCUGGGGGGCUGGGGUAGAGCUGUGGAAAGGCACAGGCCAACAAAAGUAUUCUCCAUCCAGUCACAGUGAUAAUGUUGUUGAAAUUGCUGGCUUUUAUUCAUCAUUUCACAUGGCCAGAAUCCAAGGUGGUCUUGCUGAUCCAGUCCGACUCGGACAAGCUAAGACAGUCAAGCUUACUAUCAAGAAAUUUCCAGUUCCUGUUCAAGUUGAUGGUGAACCGUGGAAACAAGGAGCGUCUACGGUCACCAUAAACCACUGCAACCAAGCGCUCAUGCUGAAAAGAAGCGAUUUUAGCGUGUAGUAAGUGUCUUGUAAGAAUACAAAAUACAGAAUCAUUAACAAAGAAAAAAAAAACAGUAAUACCCGUACCCGAGUCACACAAGACAAAAUGUUAUGCAAGAUGCCUGCUGGGGAAUAUUUAAAAAAGUGUUCCUUGCUAUGUCAUGUGAAAGUUCAUCGUUGUAAGAUAGCACACAAAUAAUGUAAUAUCCACGAAACAAGCAAGACAUUUACAGAGGACACUCACACUCAGUUGUGCACAUGCUUAUAGGACUUUCGCUGUGGCGUUGUGCAUAUCUUCACAGUCAGCAUAUUAAAUUAUACUGACUUAACAUGGUAAACUAUUUCAUGAAGAUCUUUUUUAAUAGACUAGCAAUGAAAUACUAAAACAGUAACAGAAAACAACCUUGAAAAUGAGGAAAAAGGAACGCAGAUCAAACCAAACACCACUGCACCGUUCCCAAGCAAUUUAAGGUGCAAGGCCCGCAAAGGCAGUACACACAGGUGCUCAAGUGAUGCUGGCAUUUAGACAUAGAUUAUACCCAGUCACAGGGAAACAAUAAGCUAUUAUGAUGUGCACAAUGAAAUAACAGUCCCUCCAAAAACGUUGAAAUAUGAAUGGAAGACAUGAUUUCGGUAGGACUAUCUUGGAAAGCAUGUAAUGUUCAGUAAGCAUCCUGUGUAACAUUUUGUCUUGUCAAACAGCCAUACAUCAAACAGCAGCAGGGUAAUCAUUCUUAUUUUUAUGAUUAUUUGAUACAAAUUUUAAUAAUAUUAAUAGCAUAAAUUUUGGCAUUUUCAGUACUUGCUAUUUUUUCACAAAAUCAUGUUUAGUUAAGUUUUAAUCUCAAAGUGGUAUGAGCAACAUAAUUGAACCAAUGACCUCGCAUGGAGAGUGCAAUCAAUGAUAAGUGUGAAAAAAUCUCCAAAUUCGAUGCAUUCAAUGUUAGAGUGAAGGAUCUUAAAUGGAUGGUAUAGUUUUUAGCUACUUCCAAUGGUAGCAUAGACUAUACGAUUGUUUGCUGUUGCAAAAGAAACUGUGAAUCAUAUUUUUUUUUAUGACAUAUUUUAUAUUUUAUUAUUUACUAUUAAAUAUAAAAAAAUUGAUCUAUAAUAACUCAUAAUUUGUCUCAAAAGUAUAUUUUGCAUGGGAACUUUUCUACAUUUUUAAAUAAUUAUAUAAUUUUCUAUUUCUAUUGUUUUCUGAUUUUUUUUGUUUAUAUAAAUAUAUCUGUUGUUAAUUUUUGUUACUUGUUAGUAAUUAUGAUUAUGAUGAAAUGAUGUUUAUAUUGAGUGUGUGGUGAUUAGCAUUAGGAUGACUAUGCUUUAUUUAAUGAUAAUUAGGGUGUUUUAAAUUGUUACCAUCUUCAUAAGGCCAAGAAAAAAAUACCCAGUUUCUUGUCCAAGUCUUUUUUGCUGUAACCUCAAUUUUUGUGUAUAAAAAGUGACUUAGAUACCAAUUUACCUCCGUUUUUUAUACAAAAAAUAUGCUUUGGAGAGAGUAGCACACAGAAUGCAGAUUAGCAACAUUGGGGGUUGUUGCCUACUGCAUUGUAGUGGAACAUCUAGGUAUAUAGAUGCAAAUGGAUUUGUGCACAGGAAUAGCAUGCAUCCCUUACUUUUACCUGUGUAGAUCAGAUUUCAUUACAAUGUUGACAGCGUCACCACCUCAUUUCGAAUAGAUGAUGACCUCCUUCCCUUUUAAAAAGUUUUGAUGAAACUAAUUUUUUUUUAAUAUGCCCGUCCAUAAUAAUUAUUUUUAUGAUGUUGUGUUUUAUAUCUUCUUUUUCGUCAUCAUCAUCAUAAUCAGAUAAAAAUAAUUAAAUUGUUAUUUGAAUACAUUAUUUUGCUACAACUCUUUUUGAUAAAGAUUUCCAUUUUUAUAUUUAACAUGUAACACCUUGCAAUAUGAGAUUUGAAAAAAAUGUACACAAAUUAAUAUUGAUGUUACUCUCGUAAAAGUAUUUUUUUCCCCCUCUAGGGUCCUCCUUUUGUUUUGCACUGUUGAAGCUUGUCAACUACUGUGGUAGUCAAUGACAACCACUUGUUCUGUCGAUUCAGAACGGUUAAGAACUUUAUUAUUAUUUAUUAUACAUAUUUUUUCCCAAAUUUUACUAAAAUUAUUUUUUUUUUAAUAGAAAUUUAGAUUCUUCUUCCUAAACUAACCAUUCCAUUUAGCAGUAAUUUUCUUAGUUUUUUUUAUUGGUAUUUUUCUUGAGAAUGUAUUUGUUACAAGUAAAUUUAUGAAAUUCAUAUUCUGCAUAAUUAUAAAAAAUGCUUCCUCAUUCCACAAAGAAAACAUUAAUUGGUAGAUUUUUGUUUAUGAAAUUUUAUGUAAUUAAUUAUAUUGCAUAAAAGGAAAUUUUGUUCAUGUUUUUUUUUAAAUUCUGGAAUAAUUGUUCAUGUAUUUAUAAAUAUUAUUUCAAUUUAUCUGGACAAAAUGAUUGUUUUUACAUCUCAGGAAAGUAAAGGUUGUUCAUAUGCCAGAUUGCCAUAUAUGGCUAUGAGUUGCUAUGUAUGAAAAAUUCCCAUAUAUGUAGAUAACUUGUAUUAUAUUAUGUGUUGUAGAUUGUCAUUGUGAGGUACAUUUUUUAUGUUGGUAAAUUCUACAAUAGUGUGUUUUAUUGACAUAAAUUGGUGUAUAUAUUUAAGACAUGGAAUAUGGAACACCGGUAAAGCUUCAGACUUCAAAUUGAAAGGUUUGGGUUUGAAUCUGAAACCCACCAACUAUUGUACCUUUAGACUAAACACUUUAUCCAUUUUUUUCCUUUCCACAAUUGAGUUUGUAAAUGAAUGGUACCUGGUAGGACGCAUUAUGAUAGCUAAGUGGAUAUUCCAUAUGUUUAGUUUAAGAAGGGCAAUAAUGUGAAGCAAAUAGGAGCACUAUAUUAGACUGAAAUAUUGUUAUUAUUGUUGUAAUUGUUUUUAUUCUUAUUGAUAUUAUUAUUGUUGUAAUGUUAUGCUUGUCAUGCUAACAUGUUGAGGGCGUGGUCAUUUUUACAAGAAUCUUCUGUGAUAGAAACAAUCAAAAUGUUUUAUAUUUUGGUAAUCUAAUGCUGUUAUUAUAAAUGAUGCAUAACUAUUAAAUACUGUUAACAUUACAAACAGUGGAAAUUUAUAAUUAAUGUUGGUGCUGCCCAAACUUUUAUAUUACAUAUUGAAAGAUGCAAGAAUGUUAAAACAUCUAAAAUAUUAAUGGUAUGCACUAUUAUUACCAUUAUUUUUAUUCUUGUUUUUGUUGGUUUAUUUUUGUGUGUGUACAGUAUUUUGUUUUUUAUAUAAUAGCAAACUGAGUCACUGCUUAUUGGAUCUAAACUAAUGCUUUGAAAAAUCUUGCAGAGCUACAAUGCCUUACUCUGUGCCUAGGUAGUGAUAUUUAUGUACAGUAGUGCAAAAUGUCCUGGCAUCCUAUAGGAUUUGAACCCAGUACCCUGGAUUGGUAGGCAAGCACCUUGCUGAUCUACACCUCCACUCUAAUAUAUUAAAUAAUAUUAUAAAUAUUAUAAUUAUUACUGUUACAAAAUAUUUGUUAUUAUUUCAUUACUAUUAAAUAAUUAUCUUUAUUCUGCAA